AUGGGACAGAAGAGAGGUAAAGAUGUCCAGCCUGCGGUCACGCGGAAACGGCAAAAGAAGAUCAAGAAGAAGAGACAUGAGCCUUCAGAGAACGUGAGCGAAGGGAAUUUUGAGGUAUUGAAUGUUGAAGACGAGGAACCCGACAAGAACCAAGACAUCAUCUUAGUGGACUCUGAGGAAGACAAGGGAGAGGAUAGCGAUGUUGUUGUUGUGUCUGAUGGCGAAGCUGCUUCUGAAGUGGUUGCCAGUGAUGUUCCUGAGACGACUCCAAAGAAAGCCCUGAAACCGAAGAAGGCCAAAGGUAAUGGUUCUAAUGGAAAACCAGAGAAUGAUAUCGUUAGAGGCUCUGACUUUAUAGAAUUCGGUUUCAGCUCAUCCGAGUCAGAGCAUGAUGAAGGUGAAGAGAAUUAUUCGGAUGAUGGUAUCCUCAGUGAUGACGACUCUGGUUCUCAUCAUGUCAGUCUACAAAGCAAGCUGGCCUACCCUUGGGUGAAAGGACAUGAUCACUCGAAGCAAAAAGAAAUCGCUGACUGGCUCACGCUCGAAAUCAAGGAUUUUGUCAACUACAUUUCACCGUCAUCACAAGAGAUCACCAAUAGAAACACGCUCGUUAAUAAUCUCAAAGCGAAGAUCUCGCAGUUCUGGCCCAAGACCCAGGCACAUGUUUUCGGGUCUUGUGCUACAGAUCUUUAUCUUCCUGGUUCAGAUAUUGACAUGGUUAUUAUAUCGACUACUGGUGAUUACGAGCAGAGACAGAGAUUAUAUUCCCUCGCUUCCCAUCUACGGAAAAACCAGCUCGCGAAGAAUAUUGAGGUGAUUGCAACUGCAAAAGUCCCAAUCAUUAAGUUUGUUGAUCCUACAUUCAACAUUCAUGUCGAUAUCUCUUUUGAAAGAAGUAAUGGUCUAGAUGCUGCCAGAAGGAUACGUCGGUGGUUGGACCUAACGCCCGGCCUUCGAGAAUUGGUACUUAUCAUUAAGCAAUUCCUCCGAUCAAGAAAGCUCAACAACGUGCACGUGGGUGGUCUUGGUGGUUAUGCUACAAUUAUCAUGGUCUAUCAUUUUCUUAAACUUCAUCCACGAGUGUCUACUGGUAACAUUUCAGUUAUGGACAACUUGGGGACAUUAUUGAUCGAGUUCUUCGAGCUUUAUGGCAGAAACUUCUCGUACGAUGAUUUGGUCAUUGCCAUAAACUCGGAUGAUGAUUCGCCAAAAUAUUUGCUUAAAUCGAGACAUCCAGUACUCACAACAGGAAGAGGUAUCUUUUCUAUCAUCAUUCAAGAUCCAUCUGAUCCUGCCAACAAUAUCACAAGAUCAUCAUACAAUCUCAGAGACAUCAAAAAGGCUUUCGGAGGUGCGUAUCAGUUGCUCGUGGACAAAUGCUAUGAGCUCAACGGUGCUAGUUACCGUAACAGGAUAAAUCAACUGAUCUUGGGUGAUAUCAUCAAAUACCGCGGAAAGGAUAGAGAUUUCAACGACGAUAGAGAUAAGGUCGCAAACCACGCAUUGAUUGAACAUGAGGACGACGAGAGUGAUGGGGCUGACGGUAAUGACAAAUAUUAUCUUUCCGACAUGACACUGGAAAGUGAAAUUGAAGAACCGCCUAGAAAGAAGGCCAAAGCUGAGGAGCCCCAAGUUUCCCUUGAGCUUUCAGGUGACCGCUUAAUACAGUCAGCAGCACCAAAUGGACCGAAGGCUCUGGUUGCAGAGUUCAUGAGUGUUAAUGAUAACAAUAGCGACGAGGAAGCGCCCAAGGGGGACGACAAUCAGGCUGCUGAAGAAGAUGACGCUAAGGAUUAUAACAAAUACGUCAAGCGUGAGUAUUGGAAGCUGAAGGGCUUGGAAACCAGCAUAUAA